UUCAACAAAUGAUUAAAGAAAUGAAUGACUACAUUUGGUCGGUGUUGUUUUAAACUUUUUACUUUUAUAGGGAUUACAAUGAACGGCUCAAAGGAGGAAAAUUUUUAAUUAUAACUCAAACUUCCAAACAUAAAUAACCUUCCAAGUCUCGAAACCUGCAACCUGCUAGGUUCAACCCGUCGAAUGAAAAUCCACUUCAUGUGCUUCGUUUCUAAAACUGUAUUUGGAAUCACUUUUUCAUCAGUGUGUAAGUGUUUAUGUAUAGGCAUGAGUAUACUAAUAGAUCCUCGAGGUUGGAUUCCUUGAAUUUUCCUUUCUUCUACUUCUUAUUUUUUUUUUUUAACUGACCUUGGUGUUGAGCAGCAUUCCCACAAGGUCAUUGUGCAGGGUGGGGCUGGCUUUCACAAAUUCGCUGACCAGCUGACCUCCAUAAUAUCAACGGUCGCCUGAAUCGACAAUCAGGCAGGUAAAUAAACAACCUUGACUCGAAUAAAUUGAGCCCGUGCCAGUAAAUACGAUAAACCAUCCACAAGAUAAUAAUAAGAAGAAAGGAAAAAAUGAAGGGAGAAAGGAUGGCGGUACUUGUAUUCACAAUUAUUGUAAUACAAACUUCAUUAGCAGUAGAAAUGGACAUAUUCGCCGGGCCCUUUGUUCACCGACGAGACCAGAAGAUCAAGAAUGAACGUCCAAUCAUAGGAGUACUCACUCAAGAAACAGAUGGAAAUGUGACGAUAUUUGGAAAUCAAUUAGUUGCGGCAACGUACGUGAAGUUCAUUGAGUCUGCCGGAGGAAGAAUGGUUCCUAUUUUUAUUAACCUAACUGCUCAACAGGUGGAAAAGCUAUUUGGUUCUAUCAAUGGAGCAAUAUUCCCUGGAGGCCAUCGGCUAUUACACCACACUAACUAUACAAGAGUUGGAAAACAGAUAUUAGAGCUAGCCCGUAAGGCUUAUGAUAAUAACGACGUGUUUCCAAUCUGGGGAGAAUGUCUGGGCUUAGAGCUGGUCUCAAUGCUGGUUGCUGGAAGAGAUCUGCAAGUUGGACAACUUGACUCUGGAUUUUUUACUAACGUUGAUGCGAAAAACAUCAGCCUGACGUUAAAUCUGCUGACAGAUUACAAAACGACAUCUCUGUGGAAAUCUGCUCCAAGUCAUGUGGUGAACUUCUUGCAGAACAAGAGAGUGGCAUACAACAACCACUUAAAAGCCAUCACCCCGCAGACAUAUCACAAGAACAAGCUUUUAAAGAACUUUUUCAGAAUUGUGUCCACCAGCAAAGAUAGAAAGGGAAUUGAGUUCAUUUCAACCAUGGAAGGGAGGCGGUAUCCAGUCUACCUAUUUCACUGGCACCCUGCAAAAUCGCAGUUUGAAUGGCGUAGAGACUUAGACAUAAAUCACUCGUUUAGAGCUGUUCUAACUGGGCAAUACUUUGCAAAUUUCUUCGUAAGAGAAGCACAAAAAAGUGAUCAUCAAUUCUCCAAUGUGAAGGAAGAGAGAGCCGCCUUAAUUUUUAACUACAAACCAACGGAUGUGCAAGACUACCUGCCCUUUGUGCAGGCUUACUUUUUUUAGUUUGUUUAUGUUACACAUCAUGCGAGCGAGUGAGAGGACGAACCAUUCGAGCAAAUAAAAUAAAUAAAAGUGACUGAUCAAACUAAAUAAUAUAAUAAUUUAUGGAAAAGGUUUUUUUAAGGAGAGAUGAAAUAAUAAGGGAAAUGUUCUGGCGCGGAACCAUGUCGGUUUCCAUCGUUUUACGGAAAUGGGUCAGAUUUUUAAGAAUGACUCAGAAACCGUGGAAAGAGGACAUUAGGGAGUUGAGAUCCCUCUAGAAAUGAAGACGCUCGUUGUCAUCAUUUUCCUCUCCCAAUAAGUAAAGAAAUAAAUGUGCUCGAAGGGGGGGG